AUGUCGGAAGACGCGACCGAGAGUACUCGGGGUGCACCCGUCAUUCGGAUGAAUCAGCAGUGUAAAGUUUGUGGUGAGCCCGCUGCAGGAUUCCACUUCGGUGCUUUUACGUGCGAAGGAUGCAAAUCAUUCUUCGGACGCUCAUACAACAACCUGAACUCUAUAUCGGAGUGCAAGAACAACGGAGAAUGUGUCAUCAACAAGAAGAACCGGACCUCCUGCAAGGCUUGCCGCCUGAGGAAGUGCCUCUUGGUUGGGAUGUCGAAGAGCGGCUCCCGCUACGGCCGGAGGUCCAACUGGUUCAAGAUCCACUGCCUCCUCCAGGAACAGAAGCAGAAGGACGGAGCUGAACAGAAGCUGCAGAUGCAGAUCGCCUCCAUCAACAGAAGUAAAGACGAACUCCUCCUCCUCGGUAUAGACGACUACAAGGCGACGUCCCCUAGCAUCAGCUCUCCAGACUCAAUAUCUGAUUCAUCCGACAAUUACCGACCACUCUUUAAGGAUGUACCGCAUUACAUACCGUACAUGUUCCCCCAUCCUGCGUAUCUUCCUCCACUUACUGCCGGUUUGUACCCAGGGUACAUGUUUGGUGGGCGAUGCUACGACGACAACUUCAAUAGGACUGAGCGCUCUCCCACCCCGGACUCACCCAUCGAUCUGUCGCUGAAGACAAGCGGUUCGACAGCAGCGGAAGACUCGUCUUCGGAAGAGGACAUCAAUGUAGACGAUGAACUACCAUCCGAAGAUAUGGUCUUGCGGAGGACUGCUCCGCUCGACUUAACAACAAAAGUCAAUUAA